GAUGGUGAGACAACCAUUUGUAAAGAAAGGAACGUGGACUAGUGAUGAAGACCAGAAGCUGAUUGCUUAUAUCAUGAGAUAUGGAAUUUGGAAUUGGAAUGAGAUGCCCCGAUUUGCUGGGUUGCGAAGAUCAGGGAAGAGUUGCAGGCUUCGUUGGAUGAAUUACUUGAGGCCUAAUAUAAGGCGUGGAAACUUCAGCAGGGAAGAAGAAGAAACCAUAAUCCACCUUCAAAGGGAGCUCGGAAACCGAUGGUCAGCCAUAGCAGCAAGGCUUCCACACAGAACUGACAACGACAUCAAAAACUACUGGAACUCUCGCCUGAAGAAAAGUGUAGUAGUGGAGAAUAGCAAGUCAUCAUCAUCCGAAACCACAAAAACCAGUUCCAGUAUUGAGGAGAAUUCACCUGAUGCUGAGUCCUCAAGCCUGCUGAAUAUUCCUACAAUGGCUGACUUCCCAAAACCAUCGACUUACAGUAAUACUUUAUAUUCAUCUGAAAACGGUUAUAGCAUGAGGGAAACUGUUGUUUCAUCUGAGAACUAUUGGGAGAUACUGAGUUUUAUUGAGCAGCCAUUAAUAGCACAAGGUUUUGAAUUCGAUUGUGAAGCAUCAGCAACCGCAGAAAACAGUUCCAGUGAAGCUGAUUCCUCGGCCUUGCUGAUUAUCCCAACAAUGACCGACUUCGCGGAACCAUCAGCUUACAGCACUACUUUUUCUCCAUCAGGCUGCCACCAAAUUGUGGAAGUUGACAACACUAAUAGCAUGAGGGAAAAUUUUGUGUCGUCUGGAAACUAUUGGGAAAUACCGUGUUUUUUGGAGCAGCCAUUGACGGCACAAGGUUUCGAUUGUGAAGCAUUGUGGUACAACCAACAACAACACCUAUAUGAUCCUGUGGACGAUUUCUGGGCCAAUCCAUUAAUUUAGUAAUAGUAGUUUUCGUGCAUAUAUAAAUUAUAGUACAAUUAACUUAAGACCAUACUGUUACAAUGUUUUUAAUGUCAGUUCGCUACCACAAUCACAAUCUGAAAACGUAGUGAUUUGUAUUUUGUGUGAAAGUGUGAAACACUGUAAGCAUUGAGAAGUCGCUGGGCUCAGGAGGCAAAU